GUCCAAUCGGAAGUGGAGCGCCUCAACGACGUGAUCGAGAAGAAAGGCCUUGCCAAGACUAGAAAGGACAUCAAAAAUAUGAAAAACAUCCUCCAACUUUUCCGCAAGAGCCACGCUGAGAUGAAGUCGCAGCUGAAGGAGCAGCUCACCGAAGAGGUGCAGGAGAAGCUGGCCGAAACCACAAAGGAUCUCGACAGAAUGAAGUUGCAAAUGAACGCGAGCAACGCCCGCGUAGACCAGGCCAACGAGGAGCUGAAGGAGAUGGUGUUCCAGCUCGUUGGUCAAGCCAACGGGCAGAUCGAGGAGAUGAAGAAACAACUCCAAAGGGAAGUUGGCUCUUCCAAUGACAAGAAUGAGACGAAGGGCCUCGCCAAGGCCAAAGAGGAUAUGAAUGACAUGAAGAAGCAGUUUCAGCUCUUCGCCGACGCCCAGGCUGAGAUGCAGCUGAAGCUGAUGGAGCAGUUCGCCGAGGCGCAGCUGGAGCUGGCCGACGUCGAGACUAAGGAGAUGAUGCACAAGCUCCAAAUGGAAGUUGUCAGCCUCAAAGACAAAAUGGAGAUGAAGUGCCUAACCAAGGCCAUCAAGGACAUCAAGGUGAUGAAGGAGAAGUUCCAGCUCCUCCAGGACGGCCAGGCUGCGAUGAAGCUGCAGCUGAAGGAGAAACUCACCCACGAGAUGCAAGAGAAACUGGCCGAGUACAAGUCCGUCUUGCUCGAGCGCACGCAGCCGCUGGCAGAGAUUGCCCUGCUGCGCGUCCUCGCGAACGCCAGCGAGGGGAACAAGCGAG